UGGCAGAGGUUUACGUCACGACAGUUGUAUGUUUACACUUGUUGCAAUGGCGACCAUCACUGAACUGAAGUGUGCCGUGAGGGAGACGCUGGAGUCCCGUGGCGUGCUGGGCCAGCUUAAGGCUCGCAUCCGGGCCGAGGUGUUCAGCGCCCUGGAUGACCAGCGUGAACCUCGUCCGCCGCUGUCCCACGAAAACCUGCUCAUCAACGAGCUCAUCCGGGAGUACCUGGAGUUCAACAAGUACAGGUACACCGCGUCAGUGCUCACAGCAGAGUCGGGCCAACCUGAUGUUCCCUUGGACAGACAGUUCUUGGCGAAUGAGCUGAAAGUCACAGAGGAUUCAAGCUCCAAGUCUGUACCUCUCCUCUAUGGCUUGAUGUGCCACUUCGUGAACAGCAGUGAUACUCGCGGAAAGGUGUUUGUGCGGGGGGGCCUCUCUGCCAGCUGCUACUGCUGCCAUCAACACUAUACCUGGACCUGAUUCCUAAAAGUUGAUGCACUUUGUACUGGCACAGGAUGGACUAAAGAGAUGCCUUUACACACGACAGAAUCUCCUUGUCCAUCGUUUUUCACUGUAUUUUCCACCUGAGUGUCAUCUACAUGGACUACAUGAAUUCUGCUGAUACAAAUUAUAUUUUCUGUGUUGAUUUCAUGCUGCAAUUUCCCAAUGAUCCAGAUUACCUUUUUUGUUUUGCGUUGAACAUCUGGCUUUAUCAAUGGGUUUAGCUAGUCAGUCAUGGUGCAGCUUGCAUUAAUCCACAUUUCUCAUGUUCUCAAUAGUUAAAGCAAAAAAGUUGAGAUAACUUUCCUUGAUUUCUUCUCUAUUUUAAUCUACAAAUGUUUUAUACUUUCAUAUUGUCUCAAAUUAAACGUUUUAUAUUUAUUUACUUCAUUGGAUCAAAACAUUUGUGUAAGUGCUAUUUAACUGGCUACCACAUGGUGGCAGCCUCACCUAAAACAAGGAUGAAGAUCGCUGUUGCUGAAGCCUCGUAGCCUCUGUCUGUUCAUCCCUGACAUAAAACAGGCUUCUCUCACUGGAUUAAUAUGGUGGUUAGAAGGAUUUUACUACAUACAUAAUGUUAGUUCAACAAUAUGAAGAUAUGGAAUUCACUUUUUAUUUUACACAUUUUGUACCUUUUGUAAUUGCUUGUAAUCAGAACUGUAUUUGCAGGUACAAUUGGUGCUUUUGAGCAUUAGCUUCAUCCACUAAAGUUUAAAUAACGAGCACGAGAACGGUUUCUCUAUUCACAUUAGGUUUCUUUCCUGGGAUUGUCUUAACAUUGUGGCACUCAUUGUGUUGGUCUGUGCAGCCAAACCCACACAUGUUGCCUCAGCCACAGUACUCCUCGACCCUUGUUUGUCUGCAAUAGUCAGAAACUUCUUCUUUUUUUUUUUUUUUUGUAUCGCAAAGCUGGCGAUCCACAUGUUAUGCUGAGAUGAAUAGAAAAUCCUCCAGAUAUUUUUAUGUAGCUAUGCUCCUGCUUGCUUUCCUCUUUUGAAGUGCAGCUUAGUGACUGUGAAAUCGUGAUGGCCUCCUUUCAGCAGUUCAUAAAAGAUAAAUCGACAAAAGUACGUUUACAAUAAGAAAACGAGGCAUACAAAAACAACCACCGCAUGUGUCCCGUGUUGGACACAAACAUCUCGGCAACAAGCCGAUACUCGUUGCAUCUCACUUCCUCUCUCACCAUUUAUGGGAACUUGAAGCUCUUAUCUCACACGACUUAAAGGCCUGAGUUUCUGGAAGUGAUUAUCUACGAGGCCAGCAUCUAUUUCCCAGCCUCAUUACUGAAGCUGGGCACUUAGUUGAAUAUAAUUCAUGUUUAAAUUAUUUUUAGGGUUUAGAAGGAAACUUUUCCUGUCUCUUCUACCAUAUCUGCAUCGCUCAUGGUUGAUUGUAGAGGCUUUGAUAGAUGAGAUCAUAGCUCUCAAAUAAGCUCAUUGACAUCAUUUGGUCGUAAUGUGCAGCACACUGUAUUUUACUGAAUUUGCCCGUGCCUGAUGGUGUCAGUUGCUCGCUGGCAAGAUGAAAUGUAACCAUUUUCCAUGAGCAACAAGAUGUCAUGCACACUUAACUUUGUACAGUGUCCUAAUUUAUUGCUACUUAGUCCAAUUUGAAACCAUGUGUUGUUGAGUGCAUAUGCAUGCUGAGAAUGGAGUCACAGCGAGCCUCAUCUGGGACAUUGGAUUUUACACUGCUCCCUUGGAGCAAACAUUUAUUUUCCCUUAAAGGCUUGUGGCCCUGAGGCGCCUAGUUUAUUGGCACCGCAUAUCAGUGUUCCCUUGAAAAUGGCUAUAUAAGCGGAGGAAGUUGAACAAUGGCACAUGAUUGUUCAAUUGGCAGGUUGCCCUAUUAUAGGUAGCAGUUGUCCUCCACUGUAUAAAUUAGUGGUGUGUAAAAGAGACAGCUGUAUAAAUACUAUUGAAUGCAGUAGUCUUUUGACUGCAGCAGAGUGAACUGAUGUUUGCCCCUGUGCUCAAAUUAGAAAGCAACUGCAUUCCGCGAGGGUCAAACAUAUCCAUAAACAUAUUAUCUCUCCAAUAGAUGGCCAUCUAUGGACAUGAAGGUGAAGAAAAACUAUUAAACAUACUGUAUGUAAGAGAU